AUGUCCAACUCUGCUCAGCAACCUCGACGCGCUCUGAUUGCCAUCACCUCGGCACAUGCACCUCUUUACCCAGAUGGCGGUGAGACUGGUCUCUUCGUCAGCGAGGCCAUGCACCCUUUCGAUGGUCUGAAGAAGGCUGGCUUCGAGAUCGAUCUCGUCUCCGAGACCGGGACCUAUCAGCCCGACGCCUUGAGCUUGACCAAGGACUGGCUGAGCGAGGAAGACUUGAAGCAGUACAACGACCCGAACGAAGAGUUCAGGAGCAAGCUCGACAAGCUCAAGAGCCCUAAGGAUGUCAAGGCCAAAGACUACGGUCUCUUCUUCGCCUCGGCCGGUCACGGAUCCCUUAUCGACUACCCUGAAGCCAAGGGUCUUCAGUCCCUAGCUUCCGAUAUCUGGCAACAAGGUGGGAUCCUUUCCUCCGUCUGUCACGGCGGAGCCAUCUGGCCCGGUACGAUCGACGCUUCGACGGGAAAGAGCGUCAUCGCCGGCAAGAAGGUCACUGGGUUCACUACCAAGGGGGAAGAAGAGGAAGGUGUCCUGGACACGAUCAAGUCGUGGAACAGGCCUACUAUCGAAGCCAGCGCGGGCGAUGCGGGAGCUCAAUACGUCUCCCCCGAUGGACCUUGGGACUCGUUUACCGUCACCGAUGGCAGGCUGGUUACCGGUGCCAACCCUCAAUCCGCUCAUGCCGUCACAGAGGCCAUGAUCAAGGCUUUCGACGCGUUGAGCUAG